CCCGCCGGUCUGGAACCUCUUUCGCGCGGGAAGAGAAAGCUAGCGGUGUCCGGGAGGCGCGAGCCCGUAGACCCCCGCCCGGGCCGCGGCAGCCAUGGGGCUCCUGGAGCGAUGCAGGGAGGAGUUCGGCACCGCCGACCUGUACGAGGUGCUGCACGUGCGGCGGAAGGCUUCGGACAGCGAGAUUCGGCGCGGCUAUUACAAGGUGUCCCUGCGGGUGCACCCGGACCGCGUGGGCGAGGCCGGCCGGGAGCAGGCCACCCGGCAGUUCCAGAUCCUGGGCCAGGUCUACGCGGUCCUGAGUGACCCGGCCAGACGGGCGGUGUACAACGAGCAGGGGACGGUGGACGAGGAGUCGGACGCGCUGAGCCAGGACCGGGACUGGGCCGCCUACUGGAGACUGCUCUUUAAAAAGAUAACCGUGGAGGACAUUAAGACCUUUGAAGAGAAGUACAUUGGUUCUGAGGAAGAGCUGGCUGAUAUCAAGCAAGCCUGUGUGGACUUCAGGGGCGAUAUGGAUCAAAUCAUGGAUUCCUUAUUAUGUGCAACGUACACUGAUGAACCCAGAAUACGGAACAUCAUCCAAGAAGCCAUUGAAUCCGGAGAAAUUCUGCCCUAUAAAGCUUUCCUCAUGGAGUCAGAUGAAAAAAUGAAUGCGAGGAGAAUGAGGGCUGAAAGAGAAGCCAGAGAAGCAGAAAAGACCAGAAGGGAGCUGGGCCUAGGGGAUAAACCAGGUGAUCUAAAAGCACUUAUCCAGAGCAGACAAAAAGAUCGAGAAAAAGAAAUGGACAGUUUUCUGGCUCAGAUGGAAGCAAAGUAUUGCCAUACUUCCAAAAAAAGGAAAAAAGACUGACAAGAAAGGAAAAAACUAAUUAAGUAGAUGGUUUUGUUUCUUCAGUGGGCCUUCUGUUUAAUUGGUACUGACCCAACUACCUGAAUAAAAUUAGUAAAAUCUUUAUUAUUGAGGAAAAUGGUCCCCUGUGGCCUAGACUCUCCAGAUCUGUGACUGUCUCAUGAAUAAUUUAUUCAGUCAUUGCCCCAGCCCACUUUCAUUGGUUAUAAUGUAUACUCCAGAGUGUUUACUGGCAGUCUAUUGUUUCUAUGAAAUCUCCUUCCUGGAAGAAUUUAGUUUUCAGAGAAUCUACAUUUCCACAAGUCCACUUCCACAAAAGGAGUUCUAGACAAAUUUUAUCAAGAAAGGAGAGACUUCCAGCAGAACUCACUUGACACAUAAUAAUGUGUCAAUAAUAACCACCAAACUACUCACUGGUGAGGAAAUAAAAUUCUUAAAGCAACAAGUGAACAGCUUUGUUCUAAAUGUUUCCUUGCCAGGUUUGUUUUCAUUUAUUUAUGCUGAACAAGAUUUGUUUUAUAUUUUGUACUAUUUGGUGCUGGCAAAUAUUUC